AUGUUAGAACUUUUGAAUCAGUUAGACGGGUUUGAUUCUAGAGGAGAUGUCAAGAUUGUUGGUGUACUUCAAGAUGAUACUGAUCCAAUGGUUAGUAUUAUAAAACUUGAGAAAGCACCUACAGAAUCAUAUACAGAUAUUGGUGAUUUAGAACAACAAAUUCAAGGAAUCAAAGAAUCU